AUGGCACAGCUUCUCGACGAGAUCUGGCUACGAAUUGUCGUACAUCUCACCCCUUCCCAUCACCUUCAAGACCUCGAAGACUACAAAGUCAAACAACAUGCGCUCGCAAGCCUCUGCCUCGUAUCAAAAGCACAUCAUGCAAUCGCACAGCCGGCCUUGUAUCGUACAUUCAUCAAGUUCGGCAGCCCUCGACUGGCGGAGAAAGACUUCGUCAACAACUUUGAGAUUUCAUUGAUGAAAAUUUCGCUCCAGAUUAGGCAGAACACACGUCUCGAAAAGUUUCUGCGGACUUUGAUACAACAACCUCACCUUGCCUGUAACGUCAAACACGUCCGCAUCGAUCAUUAUUAUUUUUGUCAUUCAAGAGGACCUGGUUUUGGCUUGGUUGGGAAGUCACUAUUUGAUCCUGUGCUUGGCGAGGACUUCGUUCUCGCAUUAAGAGAUGUUACAGGUCCGUCACGCCAUAGAUAUCCCGCACAUCUUCUGUGGGCUCAAUGCCUCAAGACAGGCCAAGAAGAGGCAGAACUUGCAUUGUUGCUGGCAAUUCUACCCAACAUACGCUCUCUAGAUCUGGAAGCGAGCGACUCCGACCCAGGCCGGCGUGGAUUCUGCGUAUCGCUACUCUUCAAAUCGACCGCGAGCUACAGAGCAUGGGCAUUUCAUGAUCUCUCCACCGAUCAUGCACCAGUGUUUUCGCACCUCGAAGUUUCCAACGUCCGACCUCCCAGUAUUCAAGAAAGUCUGGUCAGUAUGCCGGACUGCAUACCGCUGCUAACGCUACCGACACUGCGAUCUUUCACGGCACACGGCAUGCGGUUCCAUUACAACACCACCCCACCGAACCACCUUCGUCACCUGAAGCUCGAAUACAGCGUGACUGAUGGCCCAUUUCUCGAGAUACUACUCAAAACGAGCUCGAGCCUAGAGACCUUGGAGAUCAAUUCACACUUCGUCACGAAUCCGCAUAUACCAUACGAUCGAGUGAAGCGUUGGCUUACCAUCACAUCCCAAUACCAGAGCAAAUUUCAGAACGCCUUGAACAAAGUAUCCGGAACUCUACAAUACCUCGUUCUCGCCAUGCCCGAGUACGUCUUUGAUAGAGUCUUGGAUCUUCACACUUUUACACAAUUGCGUCACCUCGAACUCGAAAUGAAAGCUCUACUUGGAAACAUGAACAGUCAACCACCUGAUAUCACUACGCUUCUACCUCACGGCCUCGAACAUCUCUGCCUGCGGAGAAGCUACUACGAGACCGUCAUCAAGUCAGCCAUCACUCUUCUUCAAGCAGUCCCUUCACGCUUCUCUCACCUCAAAACCUUGAAGCUCGGAUUCGCAUGGCCAGAAGACCACACAGUGGACGCACAGGGCAAUUUGGUCGAAAUGGGAAGUAUCGUUGUAAGUCCAAACGGUGACGUUCUAGCAAAUGGCCCUGUCGAUAGUGAAUGGCUGAAGGACGAUUCUGGCAAUACCAGCGCAUUGCAAGGUUUUGCCGUUGAAGCUGGAGUGACCUUGGAACUGUGGGACGAGGAGCUCUACGUCGAGCACUGGCAUGAUCUGGAAGGCUGGUGAAAGCUGUGGAAGAACGUUCAUGGAGGCAAUGAACGAGAAUCAAGCACGACUCAUGAGGUAGCAAGUAAUAUCAUUAUAGCGAGACACGAUGGUGCGACAUGACCGACUCCAAAACAAUGAAACCAUGGUUUGACCAGAAUUGAAACCGCCGUCGGACUCAUCGUCUGAAUCAACACUCCUUGGGUUGUCCCC